AGGGGGGACCAGGAGGAAGGGGAGCGAUCAGGCAGCUAUCUAUCUCCUCCUGUUUUCCCCAGAACAGGUGAUGCUUCUAAAUUGUGGCCACUUUCUGGAGAACGCUCUGCAACUGGAAGGAUGCGGGCGACCUAGGGUGGUGGAAGCCCCGAGGCUGCAGAUCUGAAGCCACCGAGGAUCCAAACGCAAACUUUGAGUGCAUUGUGCGUGGAGGGAAGAGCUGGUUAUUUCUCUCCAAGAGGGCCCCAAACUUCGUCACUUGCCCCCUUUCUCGGAUUGCUUCGGAGAACACCGUUUGCUGGCAGCGUCGGAAAGCCCGGGCGGUGUUGUCGUAAAGUCAUCUUUUAAGGCGACAGUAGAGGAUCAGACUUUUUAAAUGUUUGGGAUUCAAGAUACACUAGGAAGAGGACCAGCUCUGAAAGAAAAGUCGCUGGGCGCCGAGAUGGAUUCGGUCAGGUCUUGGGUCCGGAAUGUCGGCGUGGUGGACGCCAAUGUCGCCGCUCAGAGCGGAGUGGCCCUGUCCCGGGCCCACUUUGAAAAGCAACCUCCCUCUAACUUGAGGAAAUCCAACUUCUUUCAUUUUGUCCUGGCGCUCUACGACAGGCAGGGACAGCCGGUGGAGAUCGAGCGCACGGCCUUCGUGGACUUUGUGGAGAACGACAAAGAGCAAGGCAAUGAGAAGACCAACAACGGUACUCAUUACAAGUUACAGCUCCUGUACAGCAACGGUGUCCGCACAGAACAGGACCUCUAUGUCAGGCUCAUCGACUCAGUCACUAAGCAGCCCAUAGCCUAUGAGGGACAGAAUAAGAAUCCAGAAAUGUGCCGGGUUCUGUUGACGCAUGAGGUGAUGUGCAGUCGAUGCUGCGAGAAGAAGAGCUGUGGGAACCGGAACGAGACCCCGUCGGACCCCGUCAUCAUCGACAGAUUCUUUUUAAAAUUUUUCCUGAAGUGCAAUCAGAAUUGUUUGAAAACAGCAGGAAACCCAAGGGACAUGAGAAGGUUCCAGGUUGUGUUGUCAACAACAGUAAAUGUGGAUGGACAUGUGCUUGCUGUUUCUGACAACAUGUUUGUACAUAACAACUCUAAGCACGGAAGGAGAGCAAGAAGGCUUGACCCAUCAGAAGCUACACCCUGCAUCAAAGCCAUCAGCCCAAGUGAGGGCUGGACCACAGGAGGAGCCAUGGUCAUCAUCAUUGGUGACAACUUUUUUGAUGGUCUCCAAGUUGUAUUUGGUACCAUGCUUGUAUGGAGUGAGCUUAUAACUCCUCAUGCCAUCCGAGUACAGACCCCUCCCCGGCACAUCCCUGGAGUUGUGGAGGUGACACUAUCUUAUAAAUCCAAACAAUUCUGCAAAGGAGCCCCAGGCAGGUUCAUUUACACAGCUUUAAAUGAACCCACCAUAGACUAUGGCUUCCAGAGACUGCAGAAGGUCAUCCCAAGGCACCCAGGGGACCCCGAGAGGUUAGCUAAGGAAAUGCUUUUGAAAAGAGCUGCAGACCUUGUGGAAGCCCUCUAUGGCACACCCCACAAUAACCAGGACAUCAUUUUAAAGCGUGCUGCAGACAUUGCCGAAGCCCUGUACAGUGUCCCCAGGAACCCCAGCCAGAUUCCAGCUCUCUCCAGCUCCCCAGCUCACAGUGGCAUGAUGGGUAUCAACUCUUACGGCAGCCAGCUUGGAGUCAGCAUCUCAGAAUCCACACAAGGAAAUAACCAAGGAUACAUUCGCAACACAAGCAGCAUCUCCCCGCGGGGAUACUCCUCCAGCUCCACGCCUCAGCAGUCUAAUUACAGCACCUCCAGUAACAGCAUGAACGGCUACAGCAAUGUUCCUAUGGCCAACCUGGGUGUGCCAGGAUCGCCAGGAUUUCUGAAUGGCUCACCCACAGGCUCCCCAUAUGGAAUCAUGUCCUCCAGCCCCACCGUCGGCUCCUCCAGCACGUCCUCCAUCCUUCCAUUCUCCUCUUCCGUUUUUCCUGCUGUCAAACAGAAGAGUGCCUUUGCCCCUGUCAUCAGGCCCCAAGGCUCCCCUUCGCCCGCCUGUUCCAGUGGCAAUGGAAAUGGAUUCAGAGCCAUGACUGGACUUGUUGUACCCCCAAUGUAAAGCAGAGGAAGAACUGCUUUCUCAUAGCACAAAACUACUUAUUCCGAUGGACCAAUUAUGAAGGAAGCACUCUGAACUCGCUGGGGAGAGUUGCACCCCUGAGUGGCCAUGUUGGACAGAUUUGGGAAGGCAAAGAGCCACCAUCUUGGUCUCAUGUUCCUCAUGAAGCUUUGACAGUAACUACACAAACUGACCCUUUUGGAGACAAGGACAGAAAAAUGUCAUUGAUGUGGUCAGUGCUCAGAGCAGAAACGAAAUUCUUUGUUAUGAACAUUAUGAAAACCACCUUCCUAUGUUUGUAAAAUAUUUAAGAAAAACAUUGGCAAACAUUCAUGCUUAAUAUUUUGGAUACUAUUUGUUUUUCUUUGUAGGAAAAAAGUUGAAAGUUUCUAUUUUCUAUGAAUCCUUUCAGAUACCAAUUUAGUUUAUGCAGAAAAAAAUUGAACAAAACAGGGUACCAGCAUGGAAGACUUUCUUAAAAAUGAAACCUGAAUUGAAUGAGGAAAUGUUGUA